GGAGAAGCAGAAGAUGUGUUGUGGUCAGCAGUCCACGCCUCCGCGCUCUGUGUUGAUGGAGGAACAGAAACAAGAGCUGAACUGUUGAAGAAUUGAAUGUCAUCUAGCUUCAGCGUCUUUUCCUGCUACUAUUGUCCACUUUCCUACACGGUUCAAAUUUACAUCCCUAAACACAUCAGGGCAUUCCAGCAAAUGGAACGUUAAGCUGUUGAAGCAGGUUAAAUAUAAGAAUAUGGCAUCCAGAAGAAACUCCAGUACUCAGCAAACAUCAUCUGGUACCCUCCACAUGAGCACACCUCGUAGACAAACACAGAGACAAAGCAAGAAGAGAAACCACUACUGCUCAGACUGCGGAAAGAGUUUUAAUCAUCAUAGUCAUCUUCAGCGACACCAGCGCAUUCACACAGGGGAGAAGCCGUAUCACUGCUCAGAGUGUGGGAAGAGUUUUACUCUGCAGAGUCAUCUCCAACGACACCAACUCAUUCACACAGGAAUGAAACCGUAUCACUGCUCAGACUGUGGGAAGAGAUUUAUUGAUCACAGUCAUCUCCAACGACACCAGCGCAUUCACACAGGAGUUAAACCAUAUUACUGUUCAGACUGUGGGAAGAGAUUUAAUCAGCUGAGUAAUCUCAAAACACACCAGCGCAUUCACACAGGAGAGAGACCAUAUCACUGCUCAGAGUGUGAAAAAAGUUUUAAACAAUAUAAUACUUUCCAACUACAUCAGCUCAUUCACACGGGAGAGAAGUCUCAUCACUGCCCAGAGUGUGGAAAGAGUUUUAGUUAUCAGAGCAAUCUCCAAAAACACCAGCGCAUUCACACAGGACAGAAGCCGUAUCACUGCUCAGAGUGUGGGAGGAGUUUUAAUCAACACAUUACUCUCCAACGACACCAGCGCAUUCACACAGGACAGAAGCCGUAUCACUGCUCAGAGUGUGGGAAGAGUUUUAGACUACAGUGUACCCUCCGAAAACACCAGCGCAUUCACACAGGAGUUAAACCAUAUCACUGCUCAGAGUGUGGGAAGAGUUUUGCUCAAAAGAUUACUCUCAAAAAACACCAGCUCAUUCACACAGGAGAGAAGCCGUAUUACUGCUCCGAGUGUGGGCAGAGUUUUAAUCAACAGAGUACUCUCCAACAACACCAGCGCAUUCAUACAGGAGAGAAGCCGUAUUACUGCUCAAAAUGUGGGAAGAGUUUCAGGCAUUCAUAUACUGAGAAGACACACAAGUGCAUUAAAAGCAUUGGUAGAAAUAGGCAGUAAUGAGAGUAAUCUUAACAGCAUUCCAGGAGACUGGAGGGAAUGGUGUUAGCAGCUCAGAUUUAAAAAAAAAUCUGCAUAAUUAUAAGAAAUAAACAGAGAAAAGCACCUGUUUUUAUUUAUUUUUUGUUAAUGGGAAGGUGUUGUAUUUCAUAUUCUCCCCAGCCCAGUUUCCAAAGUAGCACGUUCUGCAGCAGUCUGUCAGUACGGGUGUCAUUUGAAAUGUACACUGAAAGCAAAAGAGACUCCACAUUCAAAAAUAAGCAGUUACUUACUUAGUAACUUUAACUUCACUUAUUGGUAGUGUUAUUUAUUGAAUUACUCCAAGAUUUGACACCCAAAGACAAUUUUAAUGGAGUAUUUCCAGAGAACAAUGUAACAUAGUACUGAUAAAUCAGCUGUGAUUAUGGACAGUGCUCUUAAUCUGUCAUCUGUUAUCCUUUGAUUACCUUAUCUUUAAAUUACUCUGCUCCAUGAUUACAUUGUUACCCUACUGUCCUCUCAAAUCUAACUUAUAAUUUCUCAUUGAAUUAUCUGAACCGCUCACCCUUGCUGUUAUGUCCUCUCUGUCUGUUUCUCACUGCAUUUUUACUAUAAAUUUGCAACUUUUUUUCUCCAUCUUCGCUGUCUGUUUUGUGGUCACUUAGCUAUUGUCAGGCAUGAUUGAUAAAUGUUGAUUACACACUUUGACUGAUUUCUCAUCUCGCUCUUUGUAUAACAUGUAAAUGUCCCACGCUAAAGGCUAAACUCUUGAUUUAGUUCACUCUUCCUGCCUUUCUGUCUUUAAUGUUAGUAUUGUACUGUUCAAACUUUCUGACCAUAUGACCAUUCUUUUCCCAGUGCCUUGCCUGCUCUCCCUAGUACUCCACCAAAAGAUCUGUUUCUUUCAAAAUAUUCCAACAUUUGACCCACUAGGUGGCGUAAGCCCAUGUUCUGUACAUAUAGAAGUCAGAUGAAAUGUGUUUGUGAGUCGAUUGACAAACAUCCAUAAGUCCAGUCCCAUUUUGGGGAUGUCAACACCAUGCAGACUUACAGGGUGUGGGUUUUGGCUAAACAAGUGAGAUAUGCCACACGCAGUGCUGUAUCAGUCAUGUUAUUCUUCUAUGGGCUAAUUUGCUUAUCUACAGGUAAAUUGUAAACAAAUGCUGAAUAUCUUCUUCUCUGCUAUGUUGAUUAGGCAGCUGUAAACAAAACCAUCUUUCUGUUUGGUCCUCUUGGUAUUUUUUGGAAUUUUUUUGAAAGAGUUCAAUUUGCUGAAGUCCUCGCCCAAAGGCACAAAGAGAGCUCUCUAAAGCAUCGUUUCGCACAGCAAAAUGAGAAAUGGGACACCCUACAGCCUACAUCCUUCAUGUGCACGUGAAAUUGUGGACUUCAGGACUGUGAGUGCGCCAUUUGGGACUGAGAUUUACUCUCGGUUCUUACAUGUGUCCUUGUCAAGAAAUCUUUUUUGUUUGAUCCCUUCCAAAAGUUAAAGUGUUAUUCUUUGAAACUUGGCUUGUUUGUUCCUACCAGUGUAAGGGCAUGUCACAUUUGUGACAGCCAGCUUGCGUCAGAACUGCCUGCCCACCAUCUGUAGUUGCUCUAAGGACAAACAGGUGGGACUAAUUUGUUUACUCAUCAAAGACUUUUCAUAUUACAUUUAAGAUCUCAGAAGACGUAUUAAUUGUAUAUGUUGUAUUUUGCGUGUGGAAUAGGUAUGUAUAUAGUGGGGUUUGGUAUUGGAUUUGAUAAACUUUUCUUUGUGAGUCA